AUGAUCGAGGAGAUCCUCACCGAGCCGCCGGGGCCCAAGGGCGCCGCGCCCGCCGCCGCCGCCGCCGCCGCCGCGGGCGAGCUGCUCAAGUUCGGCGUGCAGGCGCUGCUGGCGGCGCGGCCCUUCCACAGCCACCUGGCCGUGCUGAAGGCCGAGCAGGCGGCGGUGUUUAAGUUCCCGCUGGCGCCGCUCGGUUGCUCCGGGCUGGGCUCGGCGCUGCUGGCUGCGGGGCCCGGACUACCCGGUGCUGCGGGCGCGCCGCACCUGCCGCUGGAGCUGCAGCUGCGCGGGAAGCUGGAGGCGCCGGGCACUGGGGAGCCGGGCACCAAGGCCAAGAAGGGGCGUCGGAGCCGCACGGUGUUCACCGAGCUGCAGCUGAUGGGCCUAGAGAAGCGCUUCGAGAAGCAGAAGUACCUCUCCACACCCGACAGAAUAGAUCUCGCGGAGUCCCUGGGCCUGAGCCAGUUACAGGUGAAGACGUGGUACCAGAACCGGCGGAUGAAGUGGAAGAAAAUAGUGCUGCAGGGUGGCGGCCUGGAGUCUCCCACCAAGCCCAAGGGGCGGCCCAAGAAGAACUCCAUCCCCACAAGCGAGCAGCUCACGGAGCAGGAGCGCGCCAAGGAGGCGGAGAAGUCGGCGGAGGCGCCAGGCGAGGCCAGCGACAGGAGCCGCGAGGACUGA